AUGGUGCAGGCAAUUCGGAUGCGACCGGUACCCAUUGCGUCUAUCGCCUCCACUCAACAACCGACCUUUACCAGAGCAACUGUCUUUGGUACUGUUACUCGGCCUAGCCUUGCUCCUCAGUCCUCUUUAUCCACCAUUGCCCCCACCUCCUCCUCCUCCACCGUGACUGCGACAAAAUCAGCAACAUCAGCCCUGCAGUCUUCUCUCAACCAACCCUUUUUCCCCGUAUCUCAGCUCAAAUCGCAUCUGGCCCAGCGUCUCAACAACUCACAGGUUACAAUUAGCGAUGAGGCCUACACUUGUAUAGCCCACGGUCUGGAAAACUUUUUACGCUCAAUCCUCACCCGACUCUCCAUUGUUAUGGGCCAUAAGACCCUUCGCCUCGCCAACGACCCGCAUCUCACUCAGACUGACUUUGCGCGUGAUCAGAUGGCUUUUCUUGUAAAACUUGACGAACACGACAAAAACCGAAAGAGCGAACUUGAACGGGAGAUGAUAUUUAAGGCAGCAAAAGUGAGUAAUUGCUCAAUAAAGUUGCUUGUCUUAUUUUAG